AUGGAUCCAGGCUCCAAGAUAGUAGGGAAAGCGCAUCGAGAAAAGUUGGGCGAAAACCACGGGGGAGCUGAGGAGAGACAGGUAAGUGGAGCAUGUAAGCAUGGAUUUUUUAAAAUAUCUCAUUCCGGUAAAGACAGCUCCUGGUAUCACCCAAUGAUUGGUAAAUUUUGACAGUUCACGUCAACCACGUCAAUAGGAACUUCAAGAUCCCGCGACGCGACGGGAACGAGAACUUAAAAAAAGAAAAAGACCCAUAAGUUUAAUAAGUUUCGCUGUUUCAUUCCAGCUAGACUGAAAAAUGGUUUAGUGUACAUGAUGGUGUACGGUACGUAAGAGCCCCACUCGCGCGAAGCGCGCGAGCCACACACCCCUAGACCUUGUAGUCUAUUGGACGUAAGGCGAUAGGCUCGAUUUCUGUCGCUCUCUCGGUCCUCCCCGAGGAGAGGGAUGGGAGUAGUAAUCGAGCGGCUGGUAAUCGAGCCUAGUGUAGGGGCGUCGAUAAAACCAGGAACAUGGAACAUCCCGAAACAUAAAAAAAAUUAAAAUAUUUUUUUAUGAAAAAAUAACUAAAUUAAUUAAAUAAUAAUAUUAAUAAUAAUAAUAAUAAUAAAUAAUAAAAGGAACAAUAGAUAGAAAACAAUUUUUGCAAAAAUUUAUAAUAAAAAAUAAAUAGCAUAACAUAGCAUAACAUAAAAACGAAAAAUAAGAAAGAAACAAAGAAAGAAAAAAAAAGAAACUGGUGUCAUCUCCGAGUUUGAGAAAACAAUAUUUUGUGGUAGGGAAUUUUUUGCAGUGGGCGAGUGAGGGUCCAUUCAAAUGACAGUAAUAAGUGAAGGCUUGCUUCUAAAUUCAAAAUAUAUUAAAAUGGGUCGCGAGGACAGGGUUUUCAAGUUUUCGUCACACAGCCACCUCUUGUAAACGUUUGCCAUGCGGUUUAAGGGUUAUCUAUUUACGGUUUUGCGACCGUAAGAAGAGCUUAGGGGCUCGUCCCUUUGGACUUGGAUAAUUAAGUUAAAGAUUCACAUUCGCCGUGAAUAGUUGCAGUGGCAGUGGUAGCGCAGCGGUAGUUUCUAACUGUUAUCAGUUAGCCUGAAUUUUAGCCGUCUCCCCGCAAACUCCUCUUGCGACUCGAGGAGACGUCUGAAAUAUCAUGCUGACUAUAAACAGUAUAGAAACUACCAGGAAUGUGAGUAUUGUUCACUGAAAUCCAAAGACAGGAGCCCCUAUACUCUUCUUAAGUUCACAGAACCGCCUAGUCUGUAAGUAAUUCAUGUUCAAGUAAAGCAAAGCACCUCAAGUAAGCAAAUGUCGGUUAUAUAAGGAGACUAUAUGUUGGCUUGAAAUGAGCUACUUUUUUUAAUACCGACUUGGCUUGACUUGAAAUACUGCACCGACAUCUGUAAACCUGAAGAAGGCUGGUAUGGCCAGCCGAAAUAUUGUUAUAAAAAACAAUACACGUUGUUUUAAAUCAGCUUUUCUGUAGUCUUCGGACUUCUCGUUCUUGACCGACAUUUCAGACCAUUGCAGAACCGUGAAUGGAUAACCGCCAUAAACUCACGGCAAACAAUUACAACAGGUAGCUGUGAGAGGAGAGCUUAAAAAACCCCCUCCUCGCGACCCAUUUUAAUAUAUUUUGAAUUUAGAAGCAAGCCUUCAUUCGUUACUGUCAUUUGCAUGAACCCUCUCGCCCAACAAAUUUUAAUUUGUUGCGACAAAAUAUUUUUUUCUCAUACUCAGAGAGGAUACCAGUUUCUUUUUCUUGAUUAUUUCAUUAUUUUUCGUUUUUCUUUUGUUAUUUUACGUUAUUAUUAAUUUUUACAAAAAUUAUUUUAUUAUUGUUAUUUUAUUAUAUUUUUUUUUCAUGAAAAUUAAUUUUAUUUUUUCAUAUUCCGGGAUGUUCCGGAAUGUUCCAUGUUCCAGGUUUUAUCGACGCCCGUAGUGUAGCCUGUUCCAGCCGCCAGAUAGUGGGGGAGACGCGAAAAGUUUUCUCCCGUUUUAUUUUCGUGUUCGCGCGUUCUCAAUUCAGCGGGCCCGACUAUCCUGGAGCCAGGAACAGGCUAAGCCUGGUGAGGCGAGAGAAAAGCAGGAGAAAAGUCUCGCUCUCCGUUUUCAGCCUCGCUCCAGACCUUUUGUUUGACUGUUCGCGCGUAUAUGAAUACGCAAAAAUAGGGACUGUUUUGCAGUCCCCAUUCCGGCUUUCCCUUUUUUUUCUUUCUCGUUUUACGAAAAGAUAAAGACACCCCACUCGGUGUAUGGAGACACGUAUUGUAUCGCAGAUUUCAAAAUGGCGGCAGCAAGUGAAGAAGAUGUCGAAGGCGAUGCUCUAAAUGGCGCUACUCUCCUGGCCUGUGCCUUGAAAACUCAAGGUGUGGAAUAUAUGUUUGGAGUUGUGGGUAUUCCGGUUGUCGAGGUGGCGGGAGCUGCACAGGCAGAGGGAAUCAAAUACAUCGGCAUGAGAAACGAGCAAGCGGUGAGCAUUUCGCUGUCAUCACACGCGCGACAGUUUAGUCGUUGAUUGAUUUUUGCAAAAAUUCUCCAGCUCAGUUUGGGUAUGAUUUCCCUACAACUCCAUACAUUUAUCAUGCAUGUAGCAAUUUCAUACUAUUUCUCACUAAUAGUUAAUACAAACACUCUAAGUUCGAGAUUGCUCCGAAUCUCUCAAUUUAUAAAGAAAAGGUUUUCCGUUAUUUUACGUGAAAAAUUUAAAGCAAAUCAUAGGAUAAGAACUUUUUUUUUUCUGUGAUUUAAACAGGCAGUUUGAAUUUACGAGAACAAAAUCUUAUUCUAUGAUUUGAUUUAAAUUUUUUCUUAAAAAAAAAAGGAGAAAAAAAAAGACUGAAGGAUUUCCUUCAGUCUGGAUCUCCUUUUGGAUUUGAAACUGUACUCUAUGUGCUAAUCCAGAUGUCAAGGAUAUUUUGCGUUCUCCAAGACCACCGUGAAGUUAUUCGAUAACAAAAUCCAUCGAUUCAAACAUUAAGAGAAGAGAACGCAGGAGUAUAACUGAUUUGGUAUAUUUUAUUACAUCAUAACUUACAAUGUUGUGGUUUUUGAACUUUAUAUAUCACAAUGUGGGUGAGGGCUAAUUAUCUAGAUAGUGGGGGCUAAUUGUCUGUAUACUGGGGGCUAGUUGUCGGAGGCUAAUUGUCCAGAUUCUGCCUGGGGAUGUACCUUGCAAGCAGAGGUUUCUCUCUUGCAAUGUUUUUAAGCCUGGUUUCCAUAUGACUGUCCUAAUCACCCCAGUCAUUUCACAAAGUUUUGAGACAAUCCUGACCAUCCUGAAGCGGAGAGCGAACCUUGUGCCUUGCUAUCUACUUUCUCUUUCCAUUUUCGGCGUCGAGAAUCUAGAAGAAAUCCACGAUGUCAUAGUAUCAUGUUGAGAACUUGAUAUCACGUACUAGCUUUGUCUUGCUUCAAUUGUCUCAGUUGUCUGAGAGUGUUGCCAUAUGAUCACUUUAAAAUGUCAACAGGUGUCCUGAUUGUCCUGGAUAGAACUUAAGUCUAUCCAAGCCAUCAAGGUCAUACCAGUCAUCUGGGUCGUUUGUGAUCGCCCAGGUAACAUUUCUAUAUAAUCGUCCUGAUUGUCUGAACAUUAGUGAGUUUACGCAACAGGACGGCAGGAAGAAGAGGACAGCAGAACGCUCGUGUGUGACAAACGUGACAAGGCUAUUUCUUACGUGUUUUGUCGUGAUCUUCACUUAACAUCAAUGUUUUCUGGUCUUUUACAAAAAGAUCUGUUUAAAGGAAAGUGAAUUUUGGCGAAAAGUUUUUUCAAACAAAAUUAUUGUCAUGCUUGUCACACAAGGUUUGCCGUCUUCUUCCCUCUCCCGUCCUGUUGCGUAAGUUCACUAUUAUUUGAGAUGACUGGGAUGAUCGGGCUGAUCCAGAUGAUCAUAUGAAAACCAGGCUUUAGCAUUUACAAAGUUGUUCACGUGGCUUUGCCUGUCAUGUUGUUGGUUUGUUUACACCCCGUUAGAAACUUCCUGGUACACUUUCAUAUAUUCUCAUGUAAUGGAUAGCCUGAUACAUUCUCUGUGUUAUAGGCUUGUUAUGCAGCAUCGGCUAUUGGCUAUCUGACUGGAAGGUUAGUAGGGGAACUUGUUUCAAUUGAUGGGAUCGAAAGAAUUUGCUGUAUUUGCUCGAAUAAUUGAUUAAUGGUCAAAAUAAAUAAACAUAUAUUUUUUUGUAUGGUGUUCAAAGUGUUCUAAAAUUUGUAAAUGAGGUGUUCCAAAUUUAAUAGCAGUUUAGAACAAGAUGUCAAUUACCCUAAGUAUUAUAAAAAAUUUUUUAGAAUCUACAGUGUACCUAUAUAAAACUAUGGAAAACAAAUCAUUGCCAGAUUUUGAACUGUAAGUCAGUUAGUCUGAAAUAGGGAAGUUGGUCUUUGGUUUCUGGCAAGUUUGAAAGUUGACCACAACAUGGAACCGAGCUUGUUGCUGUAUACAAAUUACAAAUUAGUUUCUUGUUUGUGGCUCUAAGUUUUUGUAUUGUAUUUGUAUUUGUAUUUCAUUUUUACUCCAUCCUAUAGAUAAUACAUCACUUGUACAAUGUUAAUUAGUACAAGGUUGUUUAAACUACGUGUACAUAUGAAAAAAAAAAAAAUUAGAAUGGAGAAGGGUACAUUAUCGUAAAACUAAUUAAGUUUUUCUAGUCCAGAAGCAUUUUGUACUAGUCCUCCUGGACUACAAUGUAUAGUGGACUACCCCCUGAGGUUGAGCACUGUGUAUGGCAAGAACUUUUGAGCUUUACUGGCACAGAUUUGCUAACCAGUUCAAAAUAAAGAAUUUCAGCUCUAGAUUGAUACCCAGGCCCUCAACAACAUCAAGAAAAAUCCUCUAAGUUAUUCACACUGUUUUGGUAUUGCAGUAAGAGAGGAAGUACAUAAGUAAAAAAGGAAAAAAAACAAAACAAAUAAAGUUCACACGUAUAAUAUUGUAAAACCCUUCAACAUUAGAUGGGAUUGGGGAAGGUACCGCAAACAAGCACGGAACAUAACCAUGGCAACCCUGUGAGCAGCAACCACCACAUACCGUCACACUGAGAACCUCAGUGAAAAAAUUCGUCAAUACUUACCAAUGGACAUGAAGAGAAAAGAAGGGACUGGGAGCAAAAACAGCUAUAGCUAUUGCAAAGUGAAGGCAGCAGUGAGCAAAAUGAUCGACUGCAGCGAAAGCACUGUAAAACUACUAGAGCACUGCAAAUUCCAAAGACCACCUUAUAUACGAUUAAUGAUAGAGACCUCUGGCCUGCAUGGUCUUGUGACUAACUUCACUUAAAUUACAUUUAGCCAUAGACUUUCUAAAAGUCGUUUUUUUUUUCCUGGUUGGUUAUGCCAUUUUAAAGGAUCGACUUUUCAUACCUGUUUGGUGCUAAAUUCAAUGGUUGAAAAUUCUAUCAGUGAUGGCAUGACAAUUGACCAAUAGGACAGUGAGUGAUAUUUCAUGCGGCUCCUGACGCAGCAUAAUAAUAUUAGGGUUAAGGUUUAGGCUUUAAGGGCUUGUUUAACCCUUUAAGUCCCAGUGGUGACCAACAUCAAUUUUCUCCUAACCAUAUCUAUAGAUUGUCAAGAGAUUAGGUUAUGAGAAUUAAUAAAUUGAUCACCUAAGAGAAAUGCUUUGAUCUUUUAUCAAAUACUCUCAACUCAUUCUUUAUGGAAAUGUAUAGAGAUCAGUUUGGAGAAUUCGUAUCUGGAUAUUGGGGCUUAAAAAAAGGUUAAAGUGGAAAGUGCACUGAGCUUAUCCAGAGCUCUAGUUAACAGGCACUCCACUCAAAUACUUUGAAACAAAUAAUUCAUUAAAAACCCCAACUGGCAGGAGGCAACCAGUUGGCUAUUUACAAGCGUGGCCGAGGUUUUGAACUUGAGAUGGCCGAGAACAAAUCUAGCAAGUGGCCAGAGUGGGACUUGAACCCAGAACCACUAGAUUACAAGUCUGACAUGCAGACCACUUGGCCACACUUCCAAUAUGCAUAUGUCAAUCAUUUUUUUCCUGUUUGAAUUUAUAACAUGACUCAAAUCCAUUCAUGCAAAACAAGUUGACCUUGAGAAUUCGUCGCUCGCUUUAAUAGUCACUGCGCGACCAGCUCAUGCAAUGAAGCUCGCUUUUAAGAAUGUAUGAGAGUUCGACUAGUGACAAGUCUAAUUUAGCCACAUCUUAAUAGAAGUAUAUGGGCUAUCUCAAUUGACUAGUACCCAGUUUAUUUAUUGUGAAUGGGGAUUUCUUGCAGGCCUGGUGUUUGCUUGGUGGUUUCUGGACCAGGUUUAUUACAUGCUCUUGGAGGAAUGGCAAAUGCAAUGAGUAACUGCUGGUAAGUCUGUCUGUUACAUACCUAAAGUAGAUGUAAGAAUAAUUUAUUUUGAUAUUGUACCAUGUAGAAUGUAAAAUUGUAAGUUUUACCUGAGGCUUGUAUCAUCAGUAAGAGUAUUAUUUUGGUAGCAACACUUGCCUGCAGUGAACCCUCAAGACCUUAAUAUAUAUAUUCCUUUUGAUGUUCAUGCAUGUGUAAACUUUUAGAAGCUUUAGCUAGCGGGAAAGCUUGUGUAUUUCAAUUUACAUGUAUUAUUUAUUCAAAAUAUUAUUUUACCAUUUUUGAUUGGCCUUAGUUUCCUGGACAAUUCUUUAUUAUAUAACUAGCUAGCACUGAUGAAGUUGGAAGGUGUGAGUGAUAUACCUACCACUGAUACCAUGGUAUAUUGCCUCAACAUACAAUCACAACUUUGUUUUGUGGAAGUAGCAUGGCACCCUUGAGUUCACGGUGAUCCAAACACAAGCCCGAAUUUCUGACUAUAAAACUGAAUGGAGGAAAUGCAAAAAUAACCCAAAAAUGUUUCUUGGUAAAUGUCAUCUACUUUUUGAGGAGUACAGUUUCUGUUGAUGUUCUGAAGAAAAAUAUGAGAAGGAUGCAUAAUUUAAGGUUGUUUAACUCUGAAAUGUUUUGAAUGAAUAAUAAAACAAAUUAUUUAAUUUAUUAGGCUUAUGUAUGAUACCAAGAAUUUUGCAGAUCUCAGACACUGUUGAGGCCUUAGUGGAUCACACCCUCCUCAAUCUGUAUAAUUCUUCACAUAGAGAGGCUUCGCACUCAACUUGAAAGUCCUUGAAUUUUCUAAGAAAAAUUCAGGGCCUCGAAAUUCUUUGAAAAUUGCAAUCGGUUCUGAAAAGUCCCUGAAUUUUGGUGCUAACUUUAUUUAUCCAACCCAAAGGAAAAGGAGCAAACACAAAAAGACAUUCAGGAUAAAAUUGCUCAUGUUGUGGUAGAACUCAAGGUCUUUUUUGCACUGAAUGGAGUCCUUGAAAAAUGGGAGAUGUGUCUUUGAAAGUCCUUGGGUACGAACCAUGCAUAGACAUUUGCACAUUUCAAAUUAAUAUCAUUAAAUUUUUAUUAUUAUUAAAUGUGAAUAGCAAUAUUUAAGUCUUAGUACAUUAUUGCACUUCUUUGUCUGUGUGUCUGUUUCUUUAGGCCAGUUCUAGUAAUUGGUGGUUCAUGUGAUGUGGAUCAAGAAAGUAUGGGUGCUUUUCAAGAAUUUCCACAAGUAAGUAGUGGCUUGUUUAAUGAGCAGAAGAACUGUUUUUUUUUGUUGUGGUUCCUUGUUAAGGUCUUGCUGGAAAUAGUAAAAUCCUGUAUAUUCCAGGUUACUUUUGACCAUCUUUAUUUUUGCACAAUACAAUGUAUGAAAAUUACAGUUAAUUAUUUUUUCAUCAUCUUGUUGUCCCUUUUUGCCUUGUUUUGCAGGUUGAAGCAGCAAGACUUUACACUAAGUACUCUGCACGACCAGGAAGCGUAGGGCAAAUACCCUUCUUUGUUGAAAAGGUACUGCAUAUUUUUGAUACGUAUUUACAUUUAUUAUUUUCAUAAGCUGAUACAAUCUACAGUUUUGAAAAUCCUUUUACAUGUUAGUUAUAGUUUUGGUGCAAGGAAAGUCUGUCACGGUCACUAACAUCAAUUAUUAGGGACUUUAAGAUCCAACAGCGCGACGGCGACAAGAACGUCGCUUAAAAAGUGAAUUUGAGUUUUUUCAGUCUUUAUAGCAAUUAUUCCUACCCACUUACUUUGUCAAUUGUAGGCGAACCCUCUUGAAGCUGAAUUUCAAGGGACCAUAUUCAAACUCAGAAAGAGAAGUAAAAUUUCGUCGUUGCUUGUUUACGUCCUCCAUAAAACGCGAAAUUAGGCAUUUUCACAUCGUAGUCGUGCAAAAACGGGGAAGAAAUGAACAAAAAAGUGUGUUGCAUGUGCGAAGUUGUUGUUUUGCUAAUUAAACCUAUUGUUUUUCUGACGUUCGAGUUGUCGUCCACGUCGUUGGAUCUUAAACUCCCUAAUAUUUUGAUACAGAGACCUUCUUAGGUGGGGGUUUUGCGUAUUGAAUGAAGAGGAGGUCAUGUCACUGUCACUAUUUCACUGCUGUAUUUGUGAUUUUACUCGUUGUUGUCACAAUUUCAACCCAUCUUCAUGUCAUUUGUGGCCAUUUCAUCAAGAAUCUUAAUUACGUCACCGUAUAAAGGUGUUAUGCAGGUAAUCUUUUAGAGGACGGGUAGCCUGCAAACCAAACUGAACACAGGGUUGUCGGAACAGUGACAAGAAGAUUUAUUCCAAAAAUGAAUGUAGUUUCCAUGAAGUAAAACUCCGCAACAGCACGUAACUCGUUAAACUUACAUGGCCUCCACCAACUUGAAUCAACACUGCCUUUGGCACACUUGACUAACUCUCUUCACUUAUGAAAACUAAUUAAAACUUAACUCGGACUCACCUACUUAUAUACUUUUGCAAUAACAUUCUAGAACUUUCCAAAUAGUCUCUUUAUAGAAAGAUUACAAAAUAUACCGCUUUAGAAACGCUUACACAAGAUCCUAAAAUAAACAAACUAUGAACUCUCGCAAAGUUUCUAGAAAGUCACGCUAGUCACGCAAUACAAUUUUUCGUAACAAAAGCCACGUUGCUUGUCGGAAUUUACUCUAACAGGGCAUCAAUACACACAUGUACAUAUAAUGUCUCUCUAGGUUAAGAACAUUGUUAUAUUUAAUCACUAUCAAUAUAUUUGUCUAGGUGUUAUUAAUCAGUGAAUUAGUCCAAUGAAUUUGUCUGUAUGUGGAAAGAAACUAAAUUGUAUAAUUGAACUGUUAUUGUUACAAUUUUAAAAUGAUUUAAGUAUAUUUACCAUGUUUAGUUUUACAAGAUCCUUACUUGAAACUCCUUUUAUAUGUCAAAAAUAAUGGUUAUUAAUAAAUUCUUAAAGUUUUAAAAGAGGAUUUAAUCCUUGUAAAAAUAUGAAAAAGCUUAAAUGUAUAAACAGCUACCAUGAUCAUGUUGAUUUCUUAGUCAUAUCUUUAAAAUAAAAUAAUCUUUUUCAUGUAUAGGCGGUACGAACAAGUAUGUAUGGCAGACCUGGUGCUUGUUAUCUGGACCUACCAGGAAAUAUGAUUACUGAAACCAUUGCAGCUUGUAAGGCAAGGUGACUGUUCAUAAAAGCUGGAUACAUACAUGUAAUAAGUUCAUAAUAUUUAAAAAUAUUCCAACAAGUGUUUUUACUGAUGUUGUCUCUGCCUCUAUUUGCAACUACAUAAUUUUGCUCCAACUAUUUGGUAUUAAGAAUAAUAAUAAUAAUAAUAAUAAUGAUCGUUUAUUCAACCUUUUUGAAGCAUAAACUGAAUUACAAGGCGGGUCUUUAUUUACAUACAAAUACCGCGGAAUUAUGACACGUAAAUAUAACUGUUAAUGUUAAGACAUAUCACAUUUCGCUAUUUUAAACGUGAUUCUGGUAUUUGAUGGUGCAAAAAUUUCCAAAUCUGUUAGUUCUUGAGGAGGCAGGCACAGAAACAGAAUCUGCUGUUCUAAGGGCAUACGGUCUUGUGUGCGCAACUCGCGGCACUAAGCUUCGUAGCAGGUCGGAAGAAGAGUAACUUCGCUUGAGAAAUGUUAUGCACGCAUCCUCCCCCCUCUGGCGCAGCAAAAUUAAGCCUGAUUAUCAAAAGUCAUUUUCCCCUGUGGUGUAUGAAAAAGGAUAAUGGGGUUUCAAUUGAUUCAAUGUCAUUUCUUUACAUGAGGUCAAUUUUUUCCACAGAUCAAUUUCUCGAUGUCCAGCCCCACCCAAGUCUUUGGCUGAUCCAUCUGAAGUGGAAAAAGUAGUUAAGAUUCUUACUGAAGCUAAAAAGCCUCUUGUAAUAAUUGGCAAAGGUAAUGAAACACUCCAAACUAGCUUCAUGGUUGUUGUACUGAUAACUUGACUAUGAAAGAUACCCAGAAAUUACCAAGAAGUUUGUUGGAAAGUUUAUGUGGAAACUUCAAUUGAGUGGAAUCUUAAAGUGCAAUCAUUAUCAUCUCAUUAAUCAUUGUAAAACUUGUUUUAACAAUGGUUCUCUUUUGGAUGUCAAAUUUGUUUCCUAAAAAUUAUUAUGAAUAUUUAGCAAUUUUAUGAAUUCGGCUUUCGUAGGAUAUGAAGAAUUAAGCAGAUCGAGGAGGGUGUUGGCCAAGGUGGAUAACACCCUUCGAGAUCUGCUUAAUUCUUCAUAUCCUACGAAAAUAAUUCCUAGUUUAAAAACUUAGCUAAAACAUGCUUACCUGCAUCGAUGUUAAGUUCAUCUUCGAUAUUGUACUUUAAGGUUUGUCCAGCUCCGCAAAUAUUCUCCAAAUAGCAGAUGUCAUCCUCCGAGUUGUCUUCUUGCUGUUUUUGCUAUGUUUUUAGCUAUUAUUUUGCCUAGUUCCAGCUGUAGUUCUUACUCUUAUGACUUAAAACGAGUGAAGUGUGUGCCAUUUUUGCUUUCACAACCAAAACAACUCAACAUCGUCCCCAGGUUUUCUCAGUAAAUGGUGCAUUAACCUGCAGCGGGCUGCAUUUUUGGCGUCAUUUCCUCAUAAUCUAAACACAAAAUUCUUCCAAAUUUGGUCAUCAGUAACUGGUUAUGGUGAAUAAUGUGUGUGCUUUUAGCCAAUCAGAAGUGGGGAAAUAUUUUGAAUGAAUAAUAAUAUUUAAUGUUUAAAUGGCUUAUAAGUAGUUCUGUCAUUAAGCACUAGGGAGUAAGCACAAGAAGCCAGCUUUUAGUUAAAGAGGAAAAAAUACACAGUAUUGAAAUCAGUAGAUCAUCUUGUUAACAACAAUUAUUGUUGUCUGCUGGUCAUUCAGACACUCAAAGUUACCACUCUCAUCUUAUAGUAAGUUAUUAUUUAAAAUCACAUUUUGCCUGUUCACACCCAGUUAUCAAUAGCACUGAAUGUUUUACCUCCCAUUUUUUCAAAAAAACAUUUUUGUUGCUGUUCUUGUGCUAAAAUUAGGUGCAGCAUAUGGGCAUGCAGAGAAACCCCUUCUGGAAUUUGUUGAGAGGUGCAAGCUUCCUUUUCUACCAACACCCAUGGGAAAAGGUGUCAUUUCUGAUGAGCAUCCAUUAAGUGUUGCUGCCGCCAGAUCAAGGUCAGUGAAGCAUUGUAGUGUCAGAUGUAUGCAUGCUUCACCCAUGUAAGCCUUAGUUGUGAGUCAUAUGGUGGACAAUAAAUCAACAAUACAUUUUUAUAGUUAAUGAAACAGUUAAUCAAGUAAUCAAUAUUUUAAUCAAGAGUGAAAUAAUUUGUUAAUUCAAAAUAGCAAUAUAAAAAAAGGCAGUAGAAUGGCAACAUAAUAAUGGGGUAAUCCUGGGAUGGACAAGCACUCUCUCCAUUGGGUUAUAAUUAGCAAGGAAUAACCCUACUUAGGUACGUUGUACUACUCAGACACCACUACACAGGUGAAACUCUCUCUGGGUGGGUUUCCUGCAGCUGCUGUCAGUGUCUUGUGGCCUAUGUAUGCCUAGCCUGGGUGGCAGGUGUUAAAAGGGGAAGGGAAUGGGGGAAUUUGAGCGUGUGAGAGUGCAAAGUGCACGCAAGGAGUGGAGACAUUUCCUCCUCUAUGUGCACUCUUCGCUACUUCCUUCCCCCUUUCACUUUCCACACAGGCUAAUUAAAAGGUAUUCCUUGAUGAUGAUGAAAGAAAAUUAUAUUCGUCUUUAUUAGGGCAUUGUCACAAGCUGAUCUAAUUUUCCUGUUUGGAGCAAGAUUAAACUGGAUUCUUCAUUUUGGAAAACCUCCAAGGUUCAAAGCUGAUGUUAAGAUUGUUCAGGUACUUUANAUAGUUAAUGAAACAGUUAAUCAAGUAAUCAAUAUUUUAAUCAAGAGUGAAAUAAUUUGUUAAUUCAAAAUAGCAAUAUAAAAAAAGGCAGUAGAAUGGCAACAUAAUAAUGGGGUAAUCCUGGGAUGGACAAGCACUCUCUCCAUUGGGUUAUAAUUAGCAAGGAAUAACCCUACUUAGGUACGUUGUACUACUCAGACACCACUACACAGGUGAAACUCUCUCUGGGUGGGUUUCCUGCAGCUGCUGUCAGUGUCUUGUGGCCUAUGUAUGCCUAGCCUGGGUGGCAGGUGUUAAAAGGGGAAGGGAAUGGGGGAAUUUGAGCGUGUGAGAGUGCAAAGUGCACGCAAGGAGUGGAGACAUUUCCUCCUCUAUGUGCACUCUUCGCUACUUCCUUCCCCCUUUCACUUUCCACACAGGCUAAUUAAAAGGUAUUCCUUGAUGAUGAUGAAAGAAAAUUAUAUUCGUCUUUAUUAGGGCAUUGUCACAAGCUGAUCUAAUUUUCCUGUUUGGAGCAAGAUUAAACUGGAUUCUUCAUUUUGGAAAACCUCCAAGGUUCAAAGCUGAUGUUAAGAUUGUUCAGGUACUUUACAGACACAGUUGAACCUCCUGCUAUCCCAAGUAUCAAUUUCAAAUUUUUCUCUAUCAUUCCCAGACAUUUUUUUUUGCAAAAUGUAUUUUUAGUCAAAAAGGACAAAUGAAACAAAACAAGGAGAGGGCAUAAGAGAGAGAAGUGGAAAUCCUCAUAUGAAAGGAUCAGGGAGCUUAAGCAAUGACAACGGCUACAGUGACGAGAACGGCAAAAAUGUAAUAGGUUUGAUUAGCAAAACAACAACUUUGCACUUGCACAUCAUGCUUUUUCGUACAUUUCUUUGCUGUCACUGCAGGACUACAACGUGAAAAUGUCUAAUUUCACAUUUUAUGGAGAACGUGAACAAGUGACGAUGAAUUUUUCUUUCUCUUUCUUAACUUGAGUUUGGUCCCCAAGAAAUCAACUCCAGGGAAAUUUGCCUACAUUUCACAUUUUCAGUGAAUUGGAAUAAAUGCGAUAAAGUUUGAAAAAACAUGAAUUCAUUUUAAAAGUGAUGUUUUUGCUGCCGUCGCCAUUUUGGAUGCUAAAGCUCCCUUCUAAAUGAGCAGCUGGUCAACCAACCAGCUCCUAAUCGUGCCUGGCAUGGCUUAACUUAAGUUUCACACUGAAGGGUUUGCACGACAUAUAUUUGUUGUUAAAACUUAUAAUAAGUCAACAUGGUCUGGGUGACUUUAAAUGACAUGUAACAUGGGCAUGGUGUCAUGUUUCCAAAGGGCCACCAUGCUGGAUUUGUAAUAUAUGGUUUCCAUCAUUCCAGGAAAAGUACUAAGAAUUUUAAAAUUUGAACAUUAUUCUUUAAAAUAAAAAAUGUUUUAAAUUUUAAUAUUUCUCUACAGUUUGUUUGAAAUUGUCAUGCUGAUAUUUGGUGGGAAUUUGACAGAGUACCUCCUUCCCCUCAGCUCCCCAUCUUCUGUGAGAGUUUCAUGCUGUACUGGUUUUUAUUGAGCCAGCUUUAAAAAAAUGUGUCAAGACAUGACUAUCACUAACAAUUCUAAGUUAAAUAAUUUAUCAAUUGGUACUUUUUCCCUUGCAGAUUGAUCUCCAUGCAGAGGAGAUGGGGAAUAAUAUUCCUGCUGAGAUCGCGCUGUUG